UGCCUCAGAGUUUCCGGAAGGGCCCACCGAGUCCGUGGUCUUCGUUCCUGUGCAGUAAGACCAAGAACACAUCCAGGCGAGCCACAAUGCAGUCGUGGAGAGCCUUCCUAGUGCUGGGCACGCUGUUGUUGCUGACGGUGAUGACCAACAUGGCAUGUGCCGCCUACCGCAAGCCGCCUUUCAACGGCAGCAUCUUUGGAAAGCGGUCCAGAGGGGACCUGAACAAUGCGGACAUAAAGUACGCUAUGUGUGAGGCAGUCUGGGACACUUGUACGCAAUGGUUCCCACUGCCUCAGGAUGGAACUCAGUAGGACGACCCUUGCCUCAACAGCCAGAAGGACGAGUUUCUUGACAUAGGAGCAGACGAAGCCAAUAUCUCCAUCCAGAACAGAAGAAACCUCCGACAAUCUGACAUAAAGGAUCCGCCGCCACCACCGCACAAUGUGCGUCUGGUCACCUGCGGAUGUAGAGUAGAAUGGAAUAAACGCAUGAUUUCUUCAAGGAG